AUGUCAGUAUCAUCGGUGUCGCUGAGCUCCGACGCAAAUGUCAGAUAUCAGCGGUUGGCGCAGGAGUACACAAAAGUACGGUUUUGCAGAAAUUGAAGCGAAAAAAAAGAUUGCGAAACUCGAGAAUUCCCUUAAAUAACGCAUGUUUUUUGCAGUUGCGAUCACAAGCAAAAGUGUUGCGAGAAGGAGUACUGGAAGAACGAGCGAAAACGGAAAAAUUGACGGUGAAUUUGAAAAAUCCAUCAAAAUUAAAAAGAAGAAGGUUCCAUGAACAUGUAGGUUCCAACAAGAUGUCAUGAACAAUCAGGCUCCAGACUAUUUCGCUUUUUUUCCGAGAGAAAGGGCCGCGUAAAGUCGGUCGGUUGGCAAAGAAUCUUCUCCGCAAACCGAGCAGUAACUUUGCUCGUGUAUCUACCGCUGCCGGUGCACGGAUCGUCCGAAGACGAUCAUGUCCUUCAAUGACUAAGCCUCCCCGUGGCGAAGGACGGAAACAGGCGCUUCCUUUGCUGGCAAUAAUUCCCCGGCUGAAAGCUCGCCGGCUAAUUUAUGUUCCCGUUUUUUCUGACGAGCCUUUUUUUGAAUCAUAGCAGUCUGAGCAGUCCUGGGGUGAGCUUGAGUUUGCAUUUUAACGGUGUUAAAAUGCAAACGGCGGUUUCAGAACGGCCGCGCGCUCCUUGACCGUUCUGAAACCAUGCGUGCCGUCGGGAGAAUACUGAUUCAUUUCACUUGAUUUUUUGGGAAUGUGUUCAUAAUGAUUAUUAAAACUAACAAAGAGCAACAAGAAAAUCGCAGAAAUGUCUAGGGAUCACUGCCAAAACUGUCUUUUUCACACGGGUGGCGGACGGCGGCGCGUUCUCCUCGCCUUCUUCUGUGCGCCAAAGUUUCAGGUGCGUGCCGUCGGACGAAUACUGAUUUAUUUCACUUGAUUUUCUGGGAGUGACUUCAUUAUGAUGAAAACUAACAAAGUGACACAAAGAGCGCGCACGAGCAGUCACAUAUCGAAAAAGACAGUUUUGGCAGUGACCCAUAGACAAUUUUGCGAGUUUCUUGUUGCUCUUUGUUAGUUUUAAUAAUUAUGAACUCAUUCCCGAAGAAACACUGUUCAAAUGUAAAUUUCGCCAAUUACAGCGCUCACCCACCCCUGAGUCUGAUUAAAUAAGAAUGAUUGAUGAUGAUUAUGAUUGCUACAGGAAGAGGUGAAGAGCAAAGACGCGACAAUUCGUCGUUUGGAGGCGGAAAACGAGUCGCUCACUUUCCGCAACGAUCAAUUGGUUCGUCGUGUCGAGACCUUCCAAUCACAAUUCGAUUCUUCCCAUCAAAAUCCUCAAAAAUCGUCGAAAAAACACGAAGCUCUGCCGCCAAAUGCCGCGCACGCAAAACUGGAUCUUUUGGAGCAAGAGCUCGAGCAAAAAUUGAGAGAAAACGAGAAAUUGGUGAACGAAUUGGCGGAAUCCGAGCGGCGACACGCACACGAAAUGGCCGAAAUGUCCGAGAAAUUGGCGACGGAAAUGCGGAAAUUGGAGGAAGAAGUGAGGAGAAUGCGAUUCAGGACGAACGGAGCGAAGCCGAAGGAAGAGGAAGAAGAAGCGGAGAAACUGGAGGAGAUCGGGAGCCCCGAGCCACCCGAGACCCACGAGGAGGCAAGGAUUAUGGUCGCAGAAGCAGCCAGGGGCACUUUUUCCGGUAACAUGUUGAAAGAGUUGGAAAAAUGCUCGUGAAGACGAGCAUUUUGAGCUCUCACCCGAAAAGCGAUUCAAUUUCUCAUUUCUCAAUAAAACUGAGCACAUUUUGAGCUCAAAUUUAGUCAUUUUUAACGAAAUACAUGGGAAACGUUCAGCCUUGCACAACGUCUUCAAUCUGUUGCAACAACGAUCGGAAAUCUAUCCGUACGAUGUGACGAUGGAGCGAUUGCCGCCGCACGUCGAAAAGGUUUGUCUUGGCGAACGAAUAACCUUGAGGCGAUAUUGCGAGUGAAAAAUAUAGAAAAUCUAUCCACGUUUCGCAAAUUCGGUUCUCAUGCUCCGAUCCGGAGCAGUUUUAGAGCAGUUGCUGAUAAAAAAUGGCUUAAAAGAAAACUCUUAAACUGCGAAAUUGACUGAAAGUGUUUUACCUUCUCCUAAAAUCCCAAAUGUUGCAGCUCUCGUCGGAAUACGCGCAGACGGCACGUCUCUUCUCGGACCUCGUUCAAAUCGCCGACGACUUCCUGUCGUGCGGCGGGACCGCAUCCGACCAUCUCCCUCUGAUCACCUCGAAGUGCCGUCUCAUCGCCCGCCACUGCCUCCAAUUGCUCGCCGAGCUCGUGCGUCAGAUGACGUCCGAGGAGAACCGUGUCACGUGGUGUACCGCGCCGCUGAGCAAACUCAACGCCCGCUGGGAACAGCUGAUUCUCAACGCGUUCGCCGUUUUCGACCGAAUGUCCACGGUUUUGGAGUCGGAUUUUGAGAAACAUUCACAAAAAGUGCUCGCGGAGCUCCAGGCGCUUGCCGACGUCUCCGUCGAGCUCUCCGAAUGUUUCCAGCAGCGAUGGGUGUUCGAAUCGCGGCUUCCGACGACGUCGCGACGAAUGCGGUGCGUUGGCGGCGCUCUGGAGGCGGCCCUACAGCUCACCGCCCAGGAAACGAGCAAAUUGAGCGCCCGGGCGGCGAGAGUCGAGCAAAUGGGCAGAAACGAGCAAAACAGUGCGGAAUGCUCGAAAACUCUGGAACUAUCUGUGAAAAUUGAGCAGACAACGUUGGAUAUCACUGUGAAACCUCAAAAACCCUCAAAUCCGUUCGAUGAAGAGGAUCCGGAAGAUCCGGAGGUUCCGGAACCAUCAGCUGCUGUUCCAGAACCCCAGGAACAAGCGCCGCCCCCAAAAGAGGAGCAAAACCUGCGAAACGAGCUCGACAUCUUCAUGAAAAACAACGAGGAGCUGCAAAAAGAGCGCGACAAGCUGUUCGUCGAGUACUCGCUCGUCAAACGAAAACUCGAAAUCGCGACGAACGACGGCGAGAAAUUGGACAAGAAGGAGACGGAUUUGGACAAUAUCUGGGCGAUCGGAAUGGAGAAACGGCAGGAAUGGGUGCGGAGAGUAAUUGAAUCCGAGCAGGCGGUCAGGUUCUACGAGACUGAGGUGGGCAUUGGAUUUUUGGCCUAAACAGCGGUGUCCUGCAAGAUUAAGAUGGGCUUUUGAAAGUUCUAAAUGCGAAAAUCGUCUGUAAGAUAAUAAACCGUAAAUUCGAGCAUUUUGAGCGUUCAAAAAUGGACGAGAAACGAUUGAUAAUGGAGCAUUUUUCAGAUGAAAGCACUGAUCCGGCACGAACUGCACGUGGAGGAACAAAUGCAAGAAUUGCGGGCGGAGCUGGAGUCGGCGGCCGGGCGGAACCACCGACUGGAGGACGAGUUGGAGAGUGUGCGGAGGAGUUACGAGUCCCAGUUGGGAGACCUUUCCGACCAUCUCGCCACGCUCGUCGCACAGAAACAACCAAAGGAGAAAGAGACAAGCAAAUCCAGAGGAACUGUACGUUUUUUUUCUAUUUCAACAAAAAUGUUUUGUUCCAAAUCACUCCGAACAAUCGGAAAAGGUUGUAAAUGCGGGGAGAACUAGCAUGGCGUUUAUUAGAUCGGACCAGGGACCACGUAGCCCGACCUAAUACACUUUUGAUUAUCAGUCCCAUGUGGCCGGAUUUGAGAGCCGCAAAAACUAUUAUAGGGGCACCGAACAGAAAGGGCGCGCUGUUCGCAAUCUGGCAGAAUUUCUAGGCCGCGAAGUAAUUUUCCACUGAAAACGUGGCCUAACUUUUCAAACUCGGCCCCGAGGUCGCUCAAUUUGCACUGAAAAAACAGUUUCUCAACAGAGCGCCAUUUCUGUGCGGUGCCCCUAUAAUAUAAGGUUUUUUUUUAAAUGUAUUCAUUUUUUAGCUCAAGUCAUUCUUCAACAAGUCAUAA